AUGCUACUGUCUUUGACUCAAAUAUUUUCCUCAAGGGCAUCAUUGCUCCUAUUCCUGGUGUCCAGCCUGCUUUUGUGGAAGAAUGUAGCCUCUACAUCCACUUGUGCUGAGAAGGAUGCCACCAUCCAGGACUCCUUGGAGAAACUUCUUACACUGACAACAUUUAUGUCUCACUUUGUCAGUACUGAAACUGCAAAACUCUUUGCUGAAUUUAAUAAUCAGUAUGCACAGGGCAAGAGAUACAAUGACAGAAUUCCUGGGACUUGUCACACUGCUUUGUUUGAUACUCCAGUAAACAAGGAGGAAUCUCUAGGAAAGAGUCCAGAAGCACUACUGACAUUGGUACACAAUCUACUGAAUUCCUGGACCAACGCCCUGAAUGAUCUUGUGAAUGAAAUGUCUACAAUGCAAGGAGACCCUUCUCCUCUUAUCUCCAAAGCCAGAGGGAUUCAGGCAAAAUUUGAUGAACUCACGACGGGUAUUAAUACUAUUCUCAGCAUGAUUGGAGAGAGUGAUGGUGAAACCUACCUUGCCUGGUCUGGACUGCCAUCCUUACAGUCAAGCAACGAAGAUGUUCGCUGUUUUUCUUUUUAUACCCUGAUCCGCUGCCUGCUCAGAGAUUCUCGAAAAGUAAAUACUUAUCUUGAGGUCAUCAAAUACAAAAUGGUGGAUCAAAACAUCUGCUAA